AUGUUCACCCUCUUCUCAUUCACGGCUUUGGCAACCACAGCCCUCGCUGCCCCUCACCUCGCUAAGCGAGACAAGGUCUACGGCUUCGACAUCUCCCACUACCAGUCUUCCGUCGACUUUGAAUCCGCCUACAACGACGGUGGCCUCCGCUUCGUGUAUAUCAAAGCCACUGAAGGCACCACAUACGAAGAUUCAAUGUUCUCGUCGCACUAUGGCGGCGCAACCGACGCCGGCUUUAUCCGUGGCGGCUACCACUUCGCACACGGCGACUCAUCUGCCUCCGACCAAGCGGACUUUUUCGCCGACAACGGUGGUGGAUGGACCGACGACGGCAUCACGUUGCCCGGUAUGCUGGAUCUCGAAGCCAGUUGUAGCGAGAAUGACGACUGGGAAGGCUGGAUCCAGGAGUUCUCCGAUAGGUAUCACGAGAACACUGGAAGGUAUCCGGUGUUGUACUCGAGCCCGAGCUGGUGGUCGGAGUGCACCGGGGACUCGAGUGCAUUCAAGGGCACGAGUCCGUUGAUGAUGGCGUGCUGGUACGUGGUAAUCUGCUUGGUGUUGAAGAUUUGA